AUCCGUCAAGACAGAUCCAAUAAAUACUUUCCUAGCAUCAAUUUGAUAUCAAUAUAUUUAUAUCCUCGGAGCUUGGCUCGAGUAUCUCAGGGCGGGGCAUUUCUCCCCCACGCAGUCUGAGAACAGCGUUACAUUGGUUGUUUGUUCUGACACAUGCAUACUACUUCUAUCAGUUAAACCCACCUCUAAUCUAUAGCGUACUGCUUCAGGCACUGCGUUUCUACAUCUUCGUUUCGUCGUCUUAAGUGAACUGCCUUCUAUUACACGCUCGCUCUCCAGACCCGUGCAGUCAUGCCGUUCUCACACCACAGCCAUUCGGGCCAGUUCUGCCCCGGACAUGCCAAAGACUCAUUAGAGGAGAUUAUCCAAUUGGCCAUCUCAAAAAAGUUCAAAGUCUUCUGUCUGACCGAGCACAUGCCCCGAGCAAAAGAAGACUUUUACCCGGAAGAGAUCGAAACCGGCAACACGGAAGCCGCCCUGAUCGCCAACGAAGCCGCAUACUUCGCCGAGGCCGUCCGGCUGCGCGAGAAAUAUGCAGACCAGAUCCAAAUCCUCAUUGGGUUCGAGAUUGACUGGAUUCGGCCCGAGUCACGGGCCCUGAUCGAGCAGAGUCUCUCGAGGCUUCCGUUCGAGUUCUUCGUAGGAUCCGUGCAUCAUACACUGACAGUACCGAUCGACUAUGACCGGCCCAUGUAUGAAAAGGCUCGCGAGCUGGCCGGCGGCACCGACGAGCGUCUGUUCGAGCGCUACUUCGACGAGCAGCUGGAUAUGCUGACGCAGCUGCAGCCGCUCGUCGUGGGGCACUUUGAUCUGAUUAAAUUGAAGAGCGAUGAUCCCGAGCGCAGCUUCAAGCAGUGGCCUGGGGUAUGGGGGCGGAUUCUGCGGAACCUGGACUUCAUCGCUGGGUACGGGGGCAUGCUGGAGCUGAACUCGGCGGCGCUGCGCAAGGGCAUGAGCGAGCCUUAUCCCAAGGAGGAGAUUUGCAGAGAAUUCCUGGCGCGAGGAGGCCGGUUUGUCCUUUCGGAUGAUAGCCACGGGCUGGACCAGGUCGGCUUCAAUUUCCACGGGGUGCUGGCGUUCAUGGACAAGGCUGGUAUCUCGACUUUGCAUUAUCUCGAGCUGGGGGAUGGGCCGGCGGUGGACGAGCGGUUUCCGCGGACACAGAUCCGAUCGAUCCAUGUUGAUGAGUUAAAGAAGAUGUCUUUCUGGCAGUCUAGCUAGACAGACUGCACUCAGACGACGUUGGAUCGGCAGAUGUCAUACCAAUGCACAGCUGCAACCCAACACUUAUCGCAGACAGUAAAGCAUUUUUGGCCUAGAUAAUUCAUUACCACAAUAGACCACCCCUCUUACCGUUGUCCUCCGG